GGAUAAGGAAAAGCAUGGCUGAGGCGGGUGGGGAUUCCAUCGCGCAGCUCUUGAGCGAGGCCGAGGCUACGGUGGCCAGUUGUGAGCGCAGCCAUGAGGCCGUCGAACGUGCUGUGCGGCAACUUCAGAGCUUGGCAGACCUAGUCUCUCACGCUAACCUGUUUUCCUCCAACGAGGCCUACGAUGAGUGCAGCAAUGAUACAUUGAGGUGCCUCUCGGUUCCCUUUUGGCUGGCUGAUGUCACUGCUCGCCGCGUGCCUUCACGAGAAGACCCUGAACGGGAUGCGAAGCGGAUCUUUAUUCUCAAGCAAACCUUGCAAUACUAUCAAAAGUUUCUGGCUGAUUUGAACCAGCUUCAGUUUCCUUUCGCAUCGGCAGAGAUGCUAGAAGCUUAUGUUGAGAGUACACCUGGUAUCCGUCGUUCUCGCGAGGUCAAAAUCGAGCACUUGAAGGCUCUUCGCCAGACGGAAGGCACAGUGCAGGAGUUGCGCGCGGCAAUUGACCGCGCCGAAGCACAAGACGAUGAAGAUCUGGCUCGCCAGCACAUCAUUGCUCUCUUGCAUAUGCAGUUGUUGAAGGCCUGUGAAGCCAUCGAUAUGCUUGGCUUCGAGCUGAAGAUGCUGGAGGAUAUUGAAGAACGGCGGCGUAACAACGAGGAGAUCAUGAUGCGACCUCCCACCAAUGCCGAUCGGCCCCCGGAGAAGCCACUGGUCUUAACCAAGGAAAUGGUUCAGCAUAUGGCAGUAACGGGUAAAAGCGUUGAUCGAGCCAACUUCAAACUUUUGACUCGUGGUUAUGGCCCGAUUGGAGCUCCGACCAUGUCUUUGGAGGAAGUUGCUGAUCGCGAAGUGCGUGAGGCUCUUGAGCGACAGGCACAGGAGAAGCUUGCAGCUGCAAACAAACAGGAGCUCCCCGAGAACAGCGAGGAGGCUGAUUAUGUGGAUGCGAUGCAGGGGCGUGCGGAGAGUGACUACUGGGACAAUCACAAGCGCGGUGAAGGCAAUCGAUAUAAUCAUGGCUGAGCGUGCCAGGCACUCAAUUAUCUUUGUGCUUCGAGUCUGUGUCUGAUUGUCCCUGGUAAUCUUCAAUCCAUGCCUUU